GGUCAUCAAAAUGGCUUCCACUAGUUGGCCCGUCGGUGCGAGGGAUCGACUGCGGACUGAUGAGAGUGGCACGGCCGACACUGAGGAGAGGACCCCACUGUUGCCGUCUCGUCAGCCCACCCUCCUGACAAAGGACUUUGAAAGUUUGGAUUACGACAGAUGUUUCAACGAACCUUACGAGCUCCUCCUGAAAAGACAACAGCAAGAGCACUCCGACAACAAGAUUGAGGCUAUAAAAUGGAUUAUUACGUUUUUGGUUGGACUUUUGACUGGAAUGGUUGCCCUGUAUAUAGACAGCAUUGUCAAGCUCUUGUCUCACUGGAAGUUCAACACUAUCGAUGUGUCCAUACAGAAGUGUUCCAAAGAGGGGUGUCUGGUGGAGUCGCUGCUGUUCCUGCUGAUGUUCAAUGUGGGCUUUGUCAUCAUCGCCGCCUGUCUGACCGUGUAUGAGCCCGUCGCCGGGGGGUCUGGUAUACCUGAGAUCAAGUGUUAUCUGAAUGGCAUCAAGGUCCCGCGUGUCGCAAGGUUCGCCACACUUCUCGCCAAGUCCAUUGGAGUCCUCUUCAGUGUAGCAGGAGGUUUGUUUGUUGGCAAAGAAGGACCGAUGAUCCAUAGUGGCGCCAUCAUAGGAGCUGGCGUUCCACAGGUUGAUCCGCCUCCCAGUGACACAAGUGUCGUUGAUGAGUUGGCUUGA